AGCAAAACUAAAAAACCCGGCCCAUUAAAAUAUCCGGUCAGUCUUCUUAACUCUGUCACCAUAAACCCUGCUUCUCCUCUCCAUGGUUUUGGAGUGUUGGGAUCUAAGACCUCUUCUCACUCUCAUCAUCGUGACCUCUUCUCUUCCGCUACCAUUAAACCUCUCCCCGAUUUUCAUGGCUUCGCCGCCACCAUCCCCUCUCUCCACACCACCUCUCUAGACCUCCAUUUCUUCACCUCCGCUCCUGCUAAUCUCACCAAUUACAAUCCCAAUCUAUAUAUGGACAUGAGAAGAUCCGCCCUCCAGAAAUCCGCCACCAACACCGCCGCGAUACUCUUCUUUCCUAUCAAACGACCGCUAACCGUCUCGCCUCAUCCUUUACCACGACCGGGGAAUCUCAUCGCUAAAUCUAAACCCAAAGAGGCGCCUCAAUCGCCGAAUCCCCCUGCUUCAGCUGCAUUUGAUCAGCGAUUUCGUGAUACUGCGAGUUUGUCUUCUGCUCUAUUCGCACCGAAUUUGAAUUCAUUUCAGUGUAGCGAUUUGCUUAACCAUUUGAAUCCUAGCCAAUUUGAUUCGAUUUUUUGGGAAAUUCAUAAUAAUGUUGAUCCUUCCACCGCAUUGAAGUUCUUUUAUGUUGCGGGGAACCGCUGCAGCUUUAGGUUUUCGCUUAGAUCGUAUUGCGUAUUGUUUCACUUGUUGCUUUCUAAGAAUCACGAUUCAGCUGCGCGGUUGCUCUUGAUAAGAUUGAUUGAUGGAAAGUUGCCCAUGACGUUGAGGGAUGAUGUUGGGGAUUGGCAUAGGGAGAUUGCUACUGUUUUGGCAGAUGCUUGUGUUGGUUCGGAGAGAUUUAGGGGAGGGGUGAGAGCGUUUGAUAUUUUGGCUCAUGUUUAUGUUAGUGAUCUUAAGAGCUUCGGAUUUGAUGUUGCAAUGGAUGUAUUUAGGCUCUUAGCCAGUAGAGAGUUGGUUCCAUCUGUCAGGACUUGCGUUUUUUUUAUGAGCACUCUUGUUAAGGAAGGCGAACCUGAGAAAGGCUACGAAGUUUUUACUAUUGUUUCGAGAAAGUUUUCACCAGAUGUUCACUUAUACAGUAUUGCAAUAAAUGCGCAGUGCAAAAGAGGUAAGGUUGAUGAGGCAAUUGAACUGUUUAAGCAAAUGGAGAGUAAAGGAGUUGCUCCGAAUGUUGUUAUAUAUAACAAUCUAAUGCAUGGCCUAUGUAGAAACGGGAGACUGGAAGAGGCAUUCCAGCUUAAGGAGAGAAUGGUAGAUAAGGGGAUGCAACCAACUCAUGUUACUUAUGGUGUGCUGAUUAACAGUCUGAUGGAGCUUCAGAAAUACGGUGAAGCUGAUUGUGUCUUGAAAGAGAUGUCGAGUAAGGGGCUUAUUCCCAAUGUUGUUGUUUAUAACACAUUGAUUCAUGGGUUUUGUAAGAUAGGAAAUUUGACAAUUGCCCUGAAGUUAAAGGAUGAUAUGUCAUUACUAGGUGUUAUUCCUAAUUCAGUUACGUAUAAUACUCUCAUAAAUGGACUCUGCAAGGACAAUCAAAUAGAUUUAGCCGAGCAGUUCUUAAGAAAAAUGAUGAAAGGAGGAUUAUGUAUAAACAUAGGUACUAUACAUUCUGUCAUUCAUGGAUUAUGUAAAAACUUAAGAUUGGACUCUGCUCUUACGUACACCAUGUUGAUGAUCUUUAAGAAUUUGAGGCCUGACAAUAUGUUGCUGACAACAUUGAUGAGCAGACUUUGUCAGAAUCAUAUGCAUUCAGAAGCCUUGAAGCUGUAUUAUGAUCUGCAGGGUACAGGAGUUGGUUGCAAUACAGUGACCUCAAAUGCCCUUGUUUUUGGACUUUCUGAAAUUGGUAAUGUGCAAGAAGCCAAAUCUAUCAUCAAGAGCAUGUUGGAUUGUGGUGUUAGGUUGGAUACUUUCACGUACAAUGCACUCAUCUAUGGGUGUUGCAAAGAGGAUAAGUUGGAAAUUGGCUUUAAGCUCAAGGAAGAAAUGACUGAGAAAGGAAUCUCCACAGACAUUGUGACGUACAACAUGCUGAUAAACAGAUUAUCUAAAAAGGGUAAAAUGGAUGAAGCGCUGAUGUUGUGGCACGAAUGCCGAAGGAAUGAUCUUGUUCCUGAUGUUCAUUUAUAUGCAGUAAUGAUAGCAGGGUAUUGCAAUGGUGAAGAUUUUGAAGAGGCUAUGAAUUUCUUUGAUAUGUUACUCCAACAGAAUAUUAAGCCGAAUUCUGUUGUAUAUAACAUACUCAUUAGAGCAUACUCUAGGGUUGGAAACAUGCCAGAGGCCUUCAAACUCUUUGAUGAGAUGAGAAGCAAAGGUAUUCCACGCACCCUGGUCACCUAUUCCUCUCUGAUACAUGGAAUGGGCAAUGUUGGCAGAGUAAAUGAAUCAACAUAUCUGUUUGAUGAAAUGAGGAAGGAUGGCUUGCAGCCUGAUGUAGUAUGUUACACUGCACUAAUUGGUGGUUAUUGUAAACUAGGCCAGAUGAAUGAAGCAACAAGUGUCUUGCAGGAAAUGUCUUCAUUUAACAUACAGCCGAAUAAGAUAACUUAUACAGUAAUAAUCCAUGGGUACUGCAAGUUGGGUAGGACGGAAGAGGCUGCUGAGGGUCUGAGGGAAAUGCUAAGCAAAGGUAUCACUCCUGAUUCUGUGACUUACAAUGUGCUGUCACACGGGUUCUGCAAAGAAGGGGAUGCAAAGGAAGCUUUCGCCCUGUGGGAACACAUGUCUGAUAGAGGAAUAAAUUUAGAUGAUGUUGCACAUACUUCAUUGGUUCACUGCAUGUCCCAGCAAUCAAAGAUAGAAAACCACUAACUCUGGACUGCAUGAGGGGCGCAUGAGGCUCGAUUGGAAUCGCCCCCAGGUGACUGGGGCGAGCCAUAUUCAGGGGGCGCUGGUGGGGCGGCUCAGGCCAGAAGUCAUCUGGCUGACCUUGAGUAUUGAUUCAAUCUCAGACUCCAAUCACUUAAGUGACAGGUUUCUACAGCAGUAUUGGAGAUUGCCCAUCAACAAAGAGUGCUGACUUGAGCCACGAAUGCCACAAUGCUUGAUGAUCAUUAAGUGUACCUCUGGUAAAACAAGAUUCAACAACUGUAUCAGGCUCUGAGUAUCAGCUAUGCCCACAGUCAAGAUUUUGUAUACGAUAGUCGCACCAUUUUGGUGGAUGGGUUGUGCUCGAAGCUUUAAAAACAACAGUGCCAGUAUACGAAAUCGCAAGUGUCAGUUGUUUGAAUCCGAUGGUGCAGUUAGUUUUCUAUCAAAUACUCCCUUGAUAUGUAGAAGAUGGCAUAGCUGUUGGAAAUCUGGAAAUGUAGCCCAAUUAUCUGAGAGAUGAAGAUGGCAUAGUAUGUAGUGUUAUAGAUAGAAUUACACCAUAUAACGAUGUAUUAGCUUUAUCAUUCUCACCAGUUAAACAAUGUAGUAGUUGAGCAAUUUAUACAUAUAUGUAUAUAAUCUGUUGAAUAUAGUAGUUGAAAUAACAGUAUCCAGUUAAGGAUAUAAUGCUCAACAAUAUUCUUGUCCUUA